AUGAAGUCAGCUGUAUUCCGUCCGAAACGCCCUGUAGCUUACGCCAUGUACAGUACAGUGGACAAGGAGCUCGAUCGACUGGAACACGCCAACAUCAUCUCGCCAGUCGAGUAUUCAGCAUGGGCCGCACCGCUCGUGGUGGUCCGUAAAGCAAGCGGUGCCAUCAGAAUCUGUGGAGAUUACUCUACGGGUUUGAACAACGCGCUUGAAGCAAAUCAGUACCCCUUGCCACUUCCCCAGGACAUAUUUGCCAAGCUUUCAAACUGCACCAUCUUCAGCAAGCUGGAUUUAUCCGACGCAUUCCUGCAGGUCGAGGUAGAUGAGUCUUCCCGAGAGUUAUUAACCAUCAACACUCAUCGGGGGCUAUAUCGCUACAAUCGACUAUCACCGGGAGUGAAAGCAGCACCUGGAGCAUUCCAGCAACUGGUCGACACCAUGCUGGCCGGCCUCAAAAACACGUUAGGGUAUUUGGACGACGUUUUGAUCGGCGGAGCGGAUGAGGAGGAGCAUAACCGCAAUUUGAAGGCAGCUCUUCAACGCUUUCAAGAGUACGGUUUCACCAUUAAGGCUGAAAAGUGUUCCUUCGGUUCGCAGCAGAUAAAGUAUCUGGGGCACCUUAUCGACAAACAUGGUUUGCGCCCGGAUCCGGCAAAAAUCGACGUCAUCCGCAACCUUCCGCCGCCGACAGAUGUGACGGGUGUUCGAUCCUUCCUAGGAGCCAUCAAUUAUUAUGGCCGUUUUGUUCCUGCGAUGUGA